AUCCCAGAGCGCCAGGCUCUGGAUGAAGGUAAAAGCGAGCACGGCGCGGAGGAGCCCGGCCGGCCCAUGGCGCUGUGUGCGCUGACGAGUGCUCUGCGCUCUUUGAGCCUGGCAUCCGCGGCCAUUACCGCCCGGGUUCCGACUCUGCUCCCUGCUGCCCAGAUACAGAGCAAUGUCCUCCUUCAGCUGCCCCCUGCCUUGGUGUCGCCCUCUUACCGCCCAGUGCAUAUGUCUGCGGACCGCAGUGCCAAGUUUGUGUCCUGGAAGAGUCGUACCAAGUACACAGUUAAACCAGUGAAGAUGAGGAAGUCUGGGGGUCGAGACCAUACAGGCCGCAUCCGAGUGCAUGGUAUCGGUGGAGGCCACAAACAGAAUUAUCGCAUGAUUGACUUUCUACGGUUCCGGCCAGAAAAGGAAAAGGCACCAGAACCGUUUGAGGAGAAGGUUGUGGUAGUCCGCUAUGAUCCUUGUAGGUCUGCAGACAUAGCUCUGGUUGCUGGGGGUAGCCGGAAGCGCUGGAUCAUUGCCACGGAAAACAUGAAGGCUGGAGAUACAAUCCUGAACUCUAAUCACAUAGGCAGGAUGGCAGUGGCCGCCCAGGAGGGGGAUGCACAUCCACUUGGGGCGCUGCCUGUGGGGACCCUCAUCAACAACGUAGAGAGCGAGCCUGGCCGGGGAGCCCAGUAUAUCCGAGCUGCAGGUGGCCAAGCUGUUUCCCCUUCCCCAGGGACAUGCGGUGUGCUGCUUCGGAAGGUGAACGGGACAGCCAUUAUCCAGCUGCCCUCGAAGAGGCAAAUGCAGGUGCUGGAGUCAUGCACUGCAACUGUAGGCCGAGUAUCCAACGUUAACCAUAACCAGCGGGUCAUCGGCAAGGCAGGAAGGAACCGCUGGCUGGGCAAGAGGCCUAACAGUGGGCUGUGGCAACGCAAGGGAGGCUGGGCCGGCCGAAAGAUUCGGCCACUACCACCCAUGAAGAGUUAUGUGAAGCUGCCCUCCGCUGCUGCCCAAAACUGAUUGCCCUGGACUCUAAUAAAAUGUCUCUUGUUUUUA